AUGGAAGCCAUAACAAGAAUCAGGUUACAAACAGUACAAAAUCAGUUAUGGACUUCAAAUUUAAUUUUAAAUGGAAAUAUCAUGAAAGAACAAAUAAUUUCACAUCAGAAUUUAAUACUAGACAUAUUAAUGUUAGCAAAACAAUAUGAAAUAGAAUGGUCCACAUCAAGUAUCUCAUCAAAAAUUAUCACCACUCUCAUAGGAGGAAAG